AUGUCCUAUUUGUCUCGCAGGUCUCUGGGAUUGCUCGUCUCCAACAUGCUCCUUCUCCUCCUGGUUCUCACGACCGCAGUUAGCCUGCUGCCAGGUGUGACUGCCCAAUUUGUACGGACAUUGGACACCACCGAGUGUCCCAUCAAGUUUUACGGAACGAAUUACACCACGCUGUUUGUGAACAUCACGAACGGCCGAGCCGCGCUCUGCUUCAAGGGCCAUUACGUCGAUGGAGAACCAAACGACUGUCUGAUUAUUAAUCGAGCAGAUGCGAUCCGAGGUGGCACAAGGGUCAACGCAGAUAGCGCAACAUCUUCAUCGAAUGCGUUUCUGGAUAAUCUGCCAACUCUAACGGGGAUAUCAACGUGCUUUGUACUUGUGCGCGUACGCAACGACCAAAAUGACAACCUGAACAGGAUCAUUUUCCGGCAGUUUGGAGAUCAACAAACUGUCCGUUUUAUUCUUGAUGAGACAGCAAACCCGGGCGAACGUGCAUUUACCUUGCUAAACGGAGUGGAAAUGGAUAGCUUUAACCUCACAGGUUCAACUUCAAUCUACGGGGAUUUGAGUGGCUGCAGAUAUGAAGAUGUGUUUUACUCCCCGAACACCACUACUUGUGACUCCCAAGGAAACUUCAUUCAUUGUAACGCAACAGCACACCUCAACGCCAUCCCUCAAAUAAACGACUACUGUGUGCAAGGUGCCAUCUGCACUGUGACUGGCUCCACAAUCAUCGAUUACUCGGACAACUCCACCUCCGUGGACGAUCGCUGCGCCUACACUUUGUUCUCCAAUUCAAGCGUCCACGUGGUGGGCGUUUUCAAGGAACGUCGUCGAAAAGACGUCAUGUUUUUGGACCGUGUCGUCAUCGAGCUGCUGGACUAUGACUACGUCAUUCAACUGGGACCAGGUGUGAAGGUUCUGGUGAACAACACCUAUGUGAACAUCAGCAGUGUGGUUGAAGAACUUGAAGGUUUGGACCUCCAUCAGGACCAGACUGGAGUCACAGUCACCAUUUAUCAGUCCGACUACAACAUUACUGUCUUCUUUAACGGAGACACAGCUCAGAUCCUCCUAACACAUCCAUGGAUGUUGGCAGGGUCAACAGAAACUGAAAAAAACAUAACUGAAAAUUCCGACGGACUUUGCGUCAACUCCAGCGUGGCUUUGAGUGUCAUGAAGUUGAAUGAUUUCAGCUCCGCGGGCUGUGAGAUGCAGUACAGUGAGCCGGCUGACGAAUCCAUCAACUGCACCACAGUGACUGAACACUGUCAAGUCCUAAACGGCCCUGACCUCACCGACUGUCACACGGUUAUUGACCCCGUGCCGUACAUUGCCGCCUGCAACUAUACGCUGUGUCAUUAUCCAGAUGUGGAUGGCCUCAGGUGUGAAUUUCUGGAGGCCUACGCCCACGCCUGCAGCCUGAAACAGGACCACAUGUUGGACGACUGGAGAACGGAUGCCAACUGCCCUGCCCCUCAGGCCUUCUGCAAUGACACACACUGUGUUGAUCACGAGUUCUGCGCUGACGGCAUCAACGGUCAAAUCAACUGCUUCUGUCGAGCCAUUUUUGCUUCCGACUACAGGUCCAAUGACACUUUAGGUGAUCCGGCGGUCUGCAUGGACAACACUGGUUCAAUCACUCUGGUUGGCUGUCUCCUGGAGGAAAAAGGCUUCAGAUACACGGAUUUGCACCUCAAUGACGAUUCGUGUAGAGGUUACAGAGACAUGGACCACAUGGUGACCUUCAACUUUAGUGACAGCAACGCCUGUGGGACGGUGGUCACGGCCAAUGACAGCGUGGUUCUGUACAAGAACACAGUCACUGGAUUGAACACCUCUGAAAUUGUUGCUAACUUUGACAAAUUCCAUGUUAACUUUUCCUGCUACCACAACCAGCCGGACAUCCAGAGUAUGAGCUUUAGAAUCAAAGACAACUCUGUUUUCCAGCAGGUGGUAUCUGAAUCCUGGAAUUACACUCUGAAGAUGACAGCCUACAAGGACGACCGACACACACAACCUGUGACGUUAGAUACAGAAAUUCAGUUGAACCAGAGGGUCUGGGUGGAGCUGAUGACGGAAGGUCUGGAUGACAACCUGGUCUACUUGGUGACCAACUCCUGUUGGGCCACCAACAGCUCAUUGCCCAAUGAGGGUCUGAGAUACGACCUGAUCUCUGAUGGUUGUCCGAGCCCUGUGGAGCCCUCAGUGAACGUGAUGUACAAUGGCGUUGCAGUGUCCAACAGCUUCUCCUUCAACAUGUUCCACUUCACUGGAGGAAGCUAUGAGGUCUACUUACACUGCAAAGUUGAACUGUGCCCCAACCAGAGUGGAGACUGCCAGCCGAGUUGUGGUGGCGCUGCUAGGAGAAGGAGACGCAGGGCUGCCAGGUCUGAAUAUGUUGAUGAAAGCCCCGCCCUCAUCAGCAUGUCCUGGUCCAAUUAGGAUGUUUCCGUAGCGACUAAAAGUUUGUGAACCUUCAGAAUGAUUCCAGACCAGGACCUGAUGGGAAUUUCGUUUAGAGGCUGAAUUUGUUUUUCUAUGAAGCCUAUAGUGAACCUUGUGUCUGACUGUCCAAUAGUAAACAUAUUGUAUCAUGGUGGAGGGAAAUGACCUGUCAGCAAAGGGCUAUAUCUAUAAUAGAAGUACACUGCUAUUUAAUCAUCACACAAGACACACAAUGCUGUGCGUCAGCUUGAAAAAUGCAUUCUGUGCUGCUGGUCAACCUUAUAUAC